GGUCCGGGAAUCUGGUGUGCGGAGCCGGAGGUGUGCCGGGUUGCGGGGCUGUGGGUGUCAUCUCACGUGUCCGCUGAUGCACCGUGAUUUAUUUGUUUAUUUUUAAUCUUAGCAAUUCUGGCUUAGUAUUAUUUUUUCUGUUUUCGUCUCUGUCAACUUCGCGGCAAAGAAGGAAAGGGAAACAGGAGGGAAGAAGGUAACAGAACCAAAUAGCUGACGUGAGUGCGGAGUCUAGAAGGACUUCCCUUCCUCUCGUCUCUGGAAUCAGCUCGGGGCUGAGUCCCACUGAUGUAUAUCGCUUAGCGCGGCAGCGCUGGUGAAGCAUGGAAAAACUGGCGGAAAGCAAGCGGUGCAGGCAUGGCACGUGUCCCUGCGCUAGUCAGCGCUGCCUUAGUGAGUGCAGAUGGCCUCCUGUCCUCAGCCCUCGGGAGUUUCCGUUCACUUACAAAUUCAGUUUGCGUCUGAGGGAGAAAAUAAAGAAGUGUCAAUUUAAAAAGCUUUUUUGUGGGCUCCGGACGUGGUUUCAGGCAUAUUUUGAAAACAAUCCUCCUGGGCCAGAUGCUGUCCUUGUUUAUCUGUGGGACUGCUGUUACAAGCCAGUACCUAGCAGAACAUUACCAAGUGAAUACUCCAAUGUUUCAAAGUUUUAUCAACUAUUCUUUACUUCUUCUAGUUUAUACAACAAUGCUGGCAUUUAGGACUGGCGGUGACAGUCUUCUUCAAAUUCUGAAGCAGAGGUGGUGGAAGUAUAUUUUUUUGGGACUGGCUGAUGUUGAGGCCAAUUACAUGAUUGUAAAAGCCUACCAGUACACGACUCUCACGAGCGUUCAGCUACUGGAUUGUUUUGGGAUUCCUGUGCUGAUGGCUCUGUCCUGGUUCAUUCUCCGUGCAAGGUACCGGCUGAUCCAUUUCAUUGCGGUUGCUGUCUGCUUGCUGGGUGUCGGAACGAUGGUGGGUGCUGACAUUUUGGCAGGGAGGCAGGACAGUGAAGGAAGUGACGUGGUGAUUGGAGAUGUCUUAGUUCUUCUGGGUGCUUCUUUGUAUGCCAUAUCUAAUGUGAGUGAGGAAUACAUUGUGAAAAAUCUGAGCAGAGUCGAGUUUCUAGGAAUGGUGGGCUUGUUUGGGACUAUUAUCAGCGGUCUGCAGCUAGCCAUUCUGGAGCAAAAGGAUAUAAUGAAAAUUCAGUGGAACUGGAAAAUAGCAUUACUGUUCAUAGUAUUUGCCCUGUGUAUGUUUGGGCUGUACAGCUUCAUGCCAGUGGUGAUUAAAGUUACGAGUGCAACCUCGGUCAACUUGGGCAUUCUUACUGCAGACCUCUACAGUCUUUUCUUUGGACUCUUCUUGUUUUACUAUAAAUUUUCAGGUCUUUAUAUCCUGUCCUUUGUCAUCAUCAUGGUGGGCUUCAUCCUGUAUUGCUCAACUCCAACUCAGACUGCAGAGCCCACCACCGUGCCACAGCCGCGCAGCGCUGGCUUGGACAAUGCUGCUCUGAAGCUUGAUGAAAAUGACAGCGAAACGCCAACUCUAACUGUACAGUUUACAAGAGGAGAAUCCGUGGUGGUCAGCACUGAUUGAAAAAUGGCAGCAUUUCAAAACAGAGCUUUUAUUUGAUUGCCAAAAUUUCCUUCAAAUAUUAAUCUGGAGAACUGUUCUACUGCCAGAGCGUAUGUUGUACUGGGCUGUUUUUAAUGCACUGAAUAAACUUUUUAAGGCCAGAUCCUCAGUCAGUGAAACUAUAUCGAUUUUCUCCUGCAGAGAAUCUGGCCCUUGAAGAAGACAGAGUAAUAUUUAUGUGGAGUCUCUACAAGGUGAGAGACUGUUAUUUUUAAAUGCUUAAUUAGCUUAGCAGCAAAUGCUUGGGGGAGAAAAACUAAGCCAAAGAAAGUACUCAGGUCACUAAAUGGAGUAGAUGUGCUUUAUAUUUCAUUAGGGACCUAAAUCUGCAAGGUGCCGUCUGAGGGCUGCUGGUUCCCACAUCUCAGUGCCAGGAACCCUCAGUGUCUUGCAGGAGCAUGGGAUCUCAUGGGAUCUGGUGCUGUAAGACGUGUUAUGUGCACACACCUUCCACGUGCUGAUGGACCUUAUUUGUUCACUGGAGGCAUUUGCGUCUUACAUUCCAGCUAAUGUUUGUCUCUUCAUAUUGCUGCAUUCUUUGUUGCAGCUGGGGCUGCAGCAGAGAACAAGUAUUUUAUUUUCUAUUUUAUUUGUAAGGGCGGCUUGUAUAUGUGUGUUUCUAAUUUUUUCUCUCAGUAGCUUGCUGUUUGGUGCGCUCCUACUAGGUGGAGACCAAAUCAGUACUCUGUUCCAUAAGAACUGAUUUUAUUUCUUCUGGAUGAGACAGCAAAAAGAAGUUUGAAUUGAAGUUCACUUCUUGGCGAAGUUCUCUCUGAGAUGGGACACAUUUAUGCAGAAAGAUUUGAAUACAAGUGGCAUUUCAUAAAACAGUUUAAGGCUUUAGCCAAUCCUCAUUGCAACAGUAAUGAUAUAGUCUUCAUAAGGUUAGAUGCUUUCAGGAGAUUCAUUGGUAAUUUUCUUCCCUGUCUUUAUAUUUUCAGUAAAAUGAUUAAAAUACUUGAAGCUGCAAUUUUAACAUCAGUAAAAUAAUGUAAGGAUCUUUUUUUGUAUAAAUCUUCACAGUUCAGGUGUGCAAAGUAACAGUGAAUAAAGUUUUCAGCAGCUGAAGAGUUGGCUCUCAAUUUAUUUAUUUUUUAAGCUCAAAUUUCUUCUAGUGCUUAAACUUAUUUCAUUUUCUUUACCCAAUGAUUUCUUUAAUGACAAAAUUUUAU